AUGAAAGGCUCUGGUAGUCUUGAAAUACGUGUAUUGUAGUUUCUCUAUGUAUAUAAAACAAGAACAAUUGAUAAUCUGUAUCUUUGGAAACCAACCAUAAUUCUCAGUUCCCCUCCUCUCUCAGAGUGCUCUCUCCCUCUCGUCAUCACGAGUAAGGCUAGAUCUAAUGAUCUGAUUUCAACGACGCCUCUGGCUACCAGAUCUGGUACUGGCAACCAUUUUUGCUUGGAUCUCGCUCUCUCUCCCUCUCGAGCUAAGCAGACGCACCUCCAUGGAAGAAGAUGGAUGCUCGACGUCAAAAUGAUGGAUGUAAGUUGACUGUAGAGAUCUGAUUUCCUGCUGCCUCUCCACCUCGUUUUCAUCAUGAUGUGCCCUAAACCUAAUCUGAUAUUCGGGAUUGUUUGAGAAGACCUAUGAGAAUCCCACUUACAAAAUUUUGUGAGCAACAAACUUAAGUGUUGAAACAUUGUUUGUAUUUUCUAUUUUUCGUCAAAGUUAUUAUUUUUUAUUUUCUGUUUUUGUAUGCUUAAUGUUGACUCUUUUGGUGGUAUUGUUAUGAAGGUGAAUCUGGAAAAAUAUGUUCAUUCUAGAAUCGUUACUCGAGUUCUUGGAUGGAUGGGAAGGUUGUGGAACUCUCCUAGGUUUAAAUGAUUAAUUUUCAUCCAAAGCAUGUGGUAUUAAUCGUGGACUUCGUCAAUGGGAGCUCAGCGGGCUCCCUCUUUUUACAUACAUAAAUUGCAAUUUGGACACUGAUGCUAAAAGGCAUAUUUUAUGUGAAAAAAUAUUUAAUCUAUUAAUAAACAAAUAAACCAAAAUAUAAUAAUGUCAUAUAUCUACUAUUCCUUUGCCCACCAAUGUAUAAAUGGUGGUGUUUGUUACAAUAGAGACUUCUGUAGAGGACAUGGACCCUAAUUUAGUGGCUGCAUGAUGGCUGUUUAUGCUUGCCACCGAAUUCAGUGUCCAAUGUUUCCAAUUGGCACCAAUAAGAUAGUGUUCUAUAGCUAUUUUCUAAAAAAAAACUAAUGAAAAAGGCUUGAAAACUUUAAGUUUUAACGAUAAGGAUAAAAUAAAGGGUAAAAUGAAUAGUAUCAGAAUUGACUUUUUAGUGUAAAAAUAUAAUUUUUCGUUAAAGUGAACACUACCAUGAGUUUUUUAUUAAAACUCCUAUUUUUCUAGUAGUGGGUAUACUAAGACUGCUAAGUACCAUUACACAUUGUCAAAUGACAGAACUUACAAGCCCAUUGUUGCUGAUAGUGAUUUUUGGAGUCUAGCUACUGUAUUGCCCCUAAAUAGAGUGGUACUUGUGUACACCGUUGAUGAUGUCCAACUGAUCAAUUCAGCCCCAAACAUUGAAAUUCAAGCUUCAGCAAACUCUUUUGACAUUCCUUACAUGUCAGCCCCAAACAUUGAAAUUCAAGCUUCAACAAACUCUUUUGACAUUCCUCACGUCUGAUCCUUUUGGCAUAUUUGAGGGAUUUUUGGAGCAAGCUUAUGAAGGAGAUCGGGAACAAGACAACCUUGUUGAGGCAGGUAUACAUAACAUGGAAAAUGAAGAGAGAGAUGGCGAUGGCAAUUCGGAAGAUUCAAAUUAGUGAGACUCAGACUAUGAACAAAGUGAUGUCGAUGACAACUUAUUUGACGACAAUUUAGAGAAAACUAAAGGGAAAAAUACCAAUGGAAAAUGCAAUGGAAAUAGGAAAGCAUCACGUAAUACUGAACCCUUUCCUGAUUUAGGAUUUGGAGAUGUUGAAACAAACUACGAAGAUUCUGAUGGCUUUAGAAGUGGUUCUAGUUCAUCAUCUGAAGGUGAACAACCAGUGAAGCGGAAACGUAGGAAGAAAAUGCCCAAAUUCAUUCCUUUUAGAAGUGAUUUGGAUAUGAAGAACUGGAAUGAUAUUUGCCAAUAGAAGGGGGCUCAGACAAGCAGUGACAUAUUAUGGUUGUGUGAAUGGAAGACAAAUAAGAUUCCCAAUAAGAGAAGGUUAUAAAGUUCAGGGUAAGUGUACAAAGGAGGGAUGUCCAUGGGUGAUUUAUGCAAGCAAAACAGAUGGGAGCCCUGCACUUAUAGUGAAGACACUCAAUGACGUCCAUACAUGUCCGAGAGAGCAAAAGCUCAGAGUAUGCACCUCAAAUUGGUUAUCACAUAGGUAUGCUGACUAUUUGCUUGACAAUCCUAAGUGGGAAGUGUCAAAAUUUCAACAAACUGUUCAUAAACAAUACAAUAUGCAUGUAACACCGGCUCAACUUUAUAAAGCACGAUCAUUGGCAGCUGAGAAGAGUGAAGGGGGCUUAUGUGGAGCAAUAUGCAAGGUUAUGGGAUUAUUGUGAGGAGCUCAAGCGAAGAAAUCCUGGCAGUACAAUUUUGGUGAAGACUGAAAUGGAAGGAGGAAGGCCUAGGUUUCAGAGGUUGUAUGUAUGCUUUGCAGCAUUGAAAAAAGGCUUUUUGGAAGGUUGUAGGCCAGUGGUGGGAUUGGAUGGAUGCCACAUUAAAGGUCCACAUCCAGGCCAGUUGCUUGCUGCCAUUGGUAUAGAUGCCAACAAUGGCAUGUAUCCAGUAGCAUAUGCGAUUGUUGAAAUUGAAGAUAGAAGAACUUGGACUUGGUUUCUCGAGCUACUCAUCACUGAUUUGGGUAUUGAAAAUGGGCAUGCUUGGGUCUUUACGUCAGACAAACAAAAGGGGUUAAUAAAAGCUGUGAAGGACCUUAUUCCAACUGCUGAACACAUACAUUGUGUUCGACACUUAUAUAACAAUUUCAAGAAAACACACGUUGGCAUUGCAUUGAAACAAAUUCUUUGGUCAGCAGCUAGAGCAACCACCAUUCCAGGAUUUAAAGCAGAGAUGACUAAGAUGGAAGUUGAAGACGGAUUGGCUAUAAGUUGGUUUGAUGACAAACCAGCAUGUCAUUGAAGCAGAUCUUAUUCUAGGACAUCAUCUAAGUGUGAUAUCUUGUUGAAUAUUCUAUGUGAGUCUUUUAGUAGUGCAAUAUUGAGAGCAAGAGAUAAACCAAUAUUAACUAUGGUGGAAAGGAUUACAACAUAUCUGAUGGUCAGAAUGGCAAGAAUGAGAGAAGCAGCGGAUAAGUGGAAAACUGAGGUUGGCCCUAGAAUAUUUAAAAUGGUUGAAAAAAAUAAAUUAGAAAGUGGUUCAUGUAUUGCUUGGUUGUCAGGUGAUAUGGAGUAUCAAGUGAAGCAUAUGAGUGGAGCACAAUAUGUGGUUGAUUUAGCGAAACACACAUGUACAUGUAGAAGGUGGGAUCUCACUGGAAUUCCUUGUGCUCAUGGAAUUGCUGUAAUCUAUAGAAAGGAGGACGAUCCAUACAAGUAUGUUCAUUCUUGUUACAAGAAAGCAGCAUACUUGAGAGCCUACACUUAUAUCCAUGCCAUGCUUAGUCAAGAAUUUUGGCCACCUACAAAUCACCAACCCGUUGCAUCUCCAAAGUAUCAUAAGCAAGCUGGUAGGCCAAAGAAGGUGAGGGCAAGAGAGCAAGAUGAACCACAACCACCAUCAACCUUAAAAAAAUUGCCUAAAUGCUUCAGCAAGGUCACUUGUGGAAUGUGUGGCAAGAAAGGUCAUAAUCGUACAACAUGCGGGAAGAGGCAACGACAAGCUUCACAGGCCUAUGGAGAAGCUGGGAGAGGACAAACUUGUGGGACAAAUGAAAUUGGCCAUAACUCACCAACUACUGAAAGUGGGCAAACACAAGCAAUGCAUGCCACUGGAGGAAAUACGGGAAGUGAAACUCCACCAAAUCAGGGACAAGAAAAAUCUGCACCUAAUGCAAGUUCUUUUGACCUAUGUCUUUGUCCCUUUCUCGUCAGGUUUUUUUUUACUUUUUUAUUGUUUGUAGGUUUCUAAAAGGGGUAGAGUGAAAAAAAAAUGCAAGAGGUAAGUCAAUGCACAAGUCAAGAAAACCACCUAAAAACCGUAGAAUCUGAAGAAAUCAUUUGAAACUUUAGACUUUUUGUUAAUAUUGUCAAUAUCCUCUUGGACUCGAUGGUACUGAGCACUGUGAUCAUGAUACUCACUAGAUCGAAGUGCAUGUUUAAUAAUGGAAUCACCAAAUGGAAAAGCAAAAUCAUAAGUUGGGUACAAGUUGUACUCGGACACAAUUCGAUGAUGUGGUGUAGAUUGUAGGGGUAAUAAAUAGGAUCUUGAAGAGAUUUUUUUUGGAUACUGCAUAUCCAGAGUUCUCCUCAAUGAAUGAUUAUGAUUUAGGUCACAAUUGACCUCGAAUGCCCAUUUUCUUCUCAAGAAUUUGAAAACGAAUUUGUGAGCUUAAUCAACAUCUAAUUGUGGACUAUCUCACCUAGAUAUAUCUACAAGAUGGUCAUAAUAUUAUUUGCUUGUUAUUACAAGCUCAAUUUCCCAAUUGUAGGCUAUUUCAGACCACUGGGAAUUACUUUUAAGCACACAAUUUUUCAUGGCUUAGCACAAGGUUAAGCAUUCUAUUCAUUGCUAAUUUUUGGUUAGGAGAAUCAUCUUGAUCCACAGGCAUGUAUCAUCAUGAUCAUUUCGGUUGACGUUUA